GCGAAUGCACGAUACGUACGCCCAGGCCACAAAUACACACGCCGCGCUCCUAAUUUUGGUUGAUAAUUUUGGACUGUGCAAGGACAUUUUUAACUUCAAAUAUCAAGAAGAAAAUCACACAUCAUCAUGCCUGGAGGAACUCAAGAUUGGUUUUAUCAUGCUCCUUCUAAGAAGAAUGAGGAAGGAGCCAAGGAAUAUCCUGCUGCUUCACAGAUUCCAGCCUUUGGGGGCGGUAUUCCCUAUAAUGAGUGGGAAGCAGAUGAACGUGAUAAUGACGGUACAAAGAGAGGAUGGAUUCGAGACUCAGAUACCAAAUACAUCCAGCUCUGUAAAAAAGGAGGACGCAAAGAUUUGUUGAAGAUCCGAGAUCCCGCACCCAGAGCUGCUGAGCCUAAAGAAUACCCAAGAGCAGAAUGGUUUUAUGAAGAUGUUGAAAACAAUGAAGAAAAUAACAACCAAGGGCAGUAUAAAUCACAUCUUCCAGACUACAUGGUAUAUGAAGAACACCAUGGCGGGGAACCAGCAGAGGCCCAUUGGCAGAGGCCCCCUUUCUCACUGGAUGAUAAGAUGACGGCAUUCGAGCGCCAUGGCGAUAAUGACAAACUCAAUAUGAAGUUCCCCAAUGAUGAGUCCAAGCUGAGAAAGCCCCCCAAAGACAAGACUGUUUCUAAAGACUUCAAGAAGAGAAAGCCAGCCGAUAGAAAUGCUAAGAGCCCUGCAAAGAGUCGACAUGCUAAAAUUCCUACACCAGAGGCAUACAAAGGUACCGCAAGCAUUGGGAAGCUCCUGUCCAAUGGCUACAACCAAGACUGGUAUGAAAACCGAGACACCCACUUCAAGAAUCACAAGCCUUCCCCGUCAGACAUACAGUUUGAGACUUCUACCCGGGCCGAUCGUCAGAGCACUGAAUACAGGGAUGCCAUCAAUAAGAACGUAAAGAAACCUGUAGGAGGAGGAGGAGGAGGAGGCGCUAGCUAUGCAAAGAAUGCCAUGGAGGUCCGGGGAACAAAGAAGUCUGAGCAGGCUAAAGAACUCCAUACUAAGCAGGAUGAGGAGAAAGAGCUCUUUAAGCUUAGCAAGUUUGAUAAAGUUGGGUCAAAGGUGAAGAGUCGAUGGUCUGAGACACACGAGCGAUCCUCGCCCAUCACAGAUACUUAUGGUCAGCAAAUAGAGCUGGCUCCUGUUUCUACUAACUAGGAGAGGAAUGGGUA